GCAUUCCAAGGAGGAGGAGGAGGAGGGCUCCUAGCCAGGACUCCAGUCAAGCCCAUUCCCCUCCUCCUCUCCUCCUCCUCCGGAGGGCUCCGUAUCCCAGCGUGCAACGCGGGUGCCCCCACCCUUUAGCAAAGAGAGUGGAGGGUGGAGAGAGAGCGUGCGUGUGUGUGUUAUGUGCAGAGUUGUUGUGUGCGGCUCCCUUGGUGUGGCUGCUCCUCCUCCUGCGACCAGCCGGGGCCCGUGUCCGCUUUCUCUGAAAGGCUGCAAGGCGUGCGCGGCAGGCUGUGUUUGCGGGAGGCCGUCUCCGAGGUAAGGGGCUGAUUCUCGGGUUCCAAGAGGAAGGCUAGGAGAGCAGGAUGAACGCCCGGCUGCGCUUUGGGCUCGUCUCGCCGUCGCUGCUGCUGCUGCUGCUGCCCGGGUUGUGCGGCGGCGCCAUGGACGAGUGCGUGGACGAGCAGAGCGGGCGGCUCCAGCGCUGCAUGCCCGAGUUCGUCAACGCCGCCUUCAACGCGACCGUGGUGGCCACCAACACGUGCGGCACCCCGGCCGAGGAGUACUGCGUGCAGACGGGCGUCACUGGGGUCACCAAGUCGUGCCACCUGUGCGACGCCGCCCAGCCUCACCUGCAGCACGGCGCCGCCUUCCUCACCGACUACAACAACCAGGCCGAUAGCACCUGGUGGCAGAGCCAGACCAUGCUGGCCGGCAUCCAGUACCCCAACCCUAUUAAUCUCACCCUGCAUCUCGGAAAGGCCUUCGAUAUUACAUACGUACGCCUGAAAUUCCAUACCAGCCGGCCGGAGAGCUUUGCUAUCUACAAGCGCACUCAGGAAGAUGGUCCUUGGGUGCCAUACCAGUACUACAGUGGAUCUUGUGAGAACACGUACCGCAAAUCCAGUCGAUUCUUCAUCAGGACUGGGGAGGAUGAACAGCAAGCACUUUGCUCAGAUGAGUUCAGCGACAUCUCUCCGCUCACAGGAGGCAACGUGGCCUUUUCAACGCUUGAGGGCAGGCCCAGUGCCUAUAACUUUGACAAUAGUCCUGUCUUACAGGAAUGGGUAACUGCUACUGAUAUCAGAGUAAGCCUUAAUCGCCUGAACACUUUUGGAGAUGAAGUUUUUAAUGAUCCCAAAGUCCUCAAGUCAUAUUAUUACGCAAUUUCUGACUUUGCUGUGGGUGGCAGGUGCAAAUGCAAUGGUCACGCAAGCGAGUGUGUGAAGAAUGAAUAUGGAAAGCUCUCUUGCAAUUGCAAACACAAUACCUUCGGGGCUGACUGUGAAAAGUGCCUUCCUUUUUACAACGACCGACCUUGGCGAAGAGCAACAGCAGAGAGCGCCAACGAAUGUUUGCCCUGUAACUGCAAUGGACGAUCACAGGAGUGUUCCUUUGAUCCUGAACUCUACCGUUCCACAGGCCAUGGUGGCCACUGCACAGGCUGCUUUGGCAAUACCGCUGGGCCAAACUGUGAGAGAUGUCGGGACAACUUCUAUCGUCUUGGAAGUGAGGAAGCGUGUCUGCCAUGUAACUGCAACCCUGUUGGCUCCCUCAGCACUCAGUGUGACAACUAUGGACGGUGCAGUUGUAAACCUGGUGUGAUGGGUGACAAAUGUGAUAGGUGCCAGCCUGGCUUCCACUCUCUCACAGAGGCUGGUUGCAGGCGGUGUUCUUGCAAUCCUGCUGGCAGCAGAGACGAGUGCAAUAUGGAAACGGGACGUUGCACCUGCAAAGACAAUGCUGAAGGGUUCAAUUGUGAGAGGUGCAAACCUGGCUUUUUUAACCUGCAUCCCACCAACCCUAAGGGAUGUACUCCCUGCUUUUGUUUUGGGCACUCCUCUGUCUGUACCAAUGCCAUUGGAUACAGUAUCUACAGAAUUACCUCCAGCUUCCAGAUUGGAGAGGAAGACUGGCAUGCAGAACAGCGGGAUGGCUCUGAAAUUUCAGUUCAGUGGAUUGCUGAGACUCAAGAAAUAUCUGUCAUCUCAGACACACCUUUCCCCAUCUAUUUCAUUGCACCAGACAAAUUCCUUGGAAAUCAAAUCCUGAGUUACGGCCAAAACCUGACAUUCUCUUUUCGGGUCGAUAGGCGGGACACACGCCUUUCUGCAGAGGACAUGGUCCUUGAAGGCGCUGGUCUGAGAGUAUCCGUACCUCUGAUUGCUCAGGGCAACUCCUAUCCCAGCGAGAACACCCUGAAAUAUGCCUUCAGGCUUCACGAAGCCACAGAUUACCCGUGGAGGCCUUCUCUUACCCCAUUUGAGUUCCAGAAGCUGCUCAACAACUUAACAGCUAUCAAGAUUCGUGGGACCUACAGUGAGAGGAGCGCUGGAUAUUUGGAUGAUGUCACUAUUGUGAGUGCUCGGCCUGGGCCUGGAGUCCCAGCAACUUGGGUGGAGAGCUGUACAUGCCCCAUAGGAUAUCUGGGGCAGUUCUGUGAACGAUGUGCCCUGGGCUACAGGAGGGAGACCCCUAGUCUUGGGCCCUAUAGUGCAUGCGUGCCUUGUUUCUGCAAUGGACACAGUGAAACCUGCAACCCUGAAUCUGGAGCCUGUGACUGCAGGGACAACACGGCAGGUCCUCACUGCGAGAAGUGCAGUGAUGGCUAUUAUGGAGAUGCAACCACAGGCAGUUCUUCAGAUUGCCAGCCAUGUCCAUGUCCAGGGGGAUCAAGCUGUGCCACAGUACCCAAAACUAAGGAGGUGGUCUGCACCAGUUGCCCAGCUGGUACCACAGGUAAAAGGUGUGAAUUGUGUGAUGAUGGCUAUUUUGGAGAUCCUCUUGGGGAGAGUGGUCCUGCCAGGCUUUGCCGCCUCUGCCAGUGCAGUGACAACAUUGACCCCAAUGCUGUUGGGAACUGCAACCGCUUGACAGGAGAAUGUCUGAAGUGCAUCUAUAAUACAGCUGGUUUCUAUUGUGACCGGUGCAAAGAUGGAUUCUUUGGGAAUCCCUUAGUUCAGAAUCCAGAGGACAAGUGCAAAGCUUGCAGUUGUAACCCUUAUGGCACAGUGAACAUACAGACAAGCUGCAAUCAAGUAACAGGGCAAUGUGAAUGCCUUUCGCAUGUCACAGAGAGGGACUGCAGCUCCUGUGAGCCUGGUUUCUACAACCUGCAAAGUGGACGAGGCUGUGAGAGAUGUAACUGCCACCCAUUGGGGUCCACCAAUGGCCAUUGUGACAUUCAGACCGGGCAAUGUGAGUGCCAGCCAGGCAUCACUGGCCAGCGCUGCGAGAGGUGUGAAGCCAACCAUUUUGGAUUUGGUCCCGAAGGCUGCAAACCUUGUGAUUGUGACCCUGAAGGUUCUCGCUCUCUUCAGUGCAAAGAGGAUGGUCGUUGUGAUUGCAAAGAAGGGUUUGUGGGGAACCGCUGUGACCAGUGUGAAGAGAACUAUUUCUACAAUCGAUCCUGGCCAGGCUGUCAAGAGUGCCCUGCCUGUUACAGAUUGGUGAAAGAUGAGGUGGCAAAACAGAGGGAAAGACUGCAGGAGCUGGAAAAUCUCAUAGCCAACAUAGGAACAGGGGAUGAAACUAUAACAGACCAGGCUUUUGAAGACAGGCUGAAAGAAGCUGAGAGAGAUGUCAUGGACUUGCUUCAGGAUGCCCAGAACAGCAAAGAUGUAGAUCAGGGCUUGUUGGAUCGCUUGCAGGAGAUCAACAGAACUCUGUCCGGCCAACUUGGUCGCUUAAGAAACAUCCAGAACACAGUGAAAGAGACAGAAAACCUGGCUGAGCGGGCUCAAGCCCAGGUGGACAACACACAGCAACUGAUUGAAACAGCUUCAAAUAUGCUGCAAAGAGCAAGAGUGGCAGUUGCCAAUGUGUCUAUUACUACGCCAGAAUCGACCGGUGAUCCCAACAACAUGACUGUCCUGGCAGAAGAGGCCCAUCAACUAGCUGCUCGGCACAAACAAGAAGCUGAUGACAUUGAGCGUACAGCUAAAGAAGCAAAUGAUACAUCAGCACAAGCAUAUAAGCUGCUCUUGGAUACACUGGCAGGAGAGAAUCAAACAAUGCAUGACAUCAGUGACCUUAACAGAAAGUAUAACCAAGCAAAAGACAUUUCCCGAGAUCUAGAAAAGCAGGCAAACAAGGUCCAUGCAGAUGCUGAGGAAGCUGGCAACAAGGCUCUGCAGAUCUAUGCUAACCUCACCAGUCUGCCAUCUAUAGACCCUGAGGAACUAGAGAAUGAGGCAAAUAAGAUAAAGAAGGAAGCCAGAGAACUGGAUCAGCUAAUUAACAGGAAGUUGAAGGAUUAUGAGGACCUAAGAGAAGACAUGAAAGGGAAAGAACUGGAAGUACAGAACCUUUUGGAGAAAGGCAAGACUGAACAACAGACUGCUGACCAGCUCUUGGCUCGAGCAGACGCUGCCAAGGCUCUGGCUGAAGAAGCCGCCAAGAAGGGGAGCAACACACUCCAGGAGGCCAAUGACAUUCUCAGCAAUUUGAAAGACUUCGAUAAGCGUGUGAAUGAUAACAAGACUGCGGCUCAGGAGGCUCUGAGGAAAAUCCCUGCCAUUACCCAGACCAUUAUGGAAGCCAACAACAAGACACGGCAAGCGGGAUUGGCACUGGGCAGCGCUGCUGCUGAUGCCAGGGAAGCAAAGAACAAAGCUGCUGAUGCUGAGAAGAUUGCCGAUUCUGUACAGAAAAAUGCAGCUGCGACAAAGGCCGAUGCUGACAAGACCUUCUCUACUGUUGCUGAGCUGGACAAAGAAGUGGAUGACAUGUUGCAGCAGCUGCAAGAAGCGGAGAAAGAGCUGAAGAGGAAACAGGAAAGUGCUGAUCAAGAUAUGAUGAUGGCAGGGAUGGCUUCACAGGCAGCUCAGGAAGCAGAAGACAAUGCAAGGAAAGCAAAGAACUCUGUUAACAGCUUGCUGAACAUGAUUAAUGACCUCCUUGAGAAGCUAGGGCGUGUGGAGCCCGUGGACUUGAGCAAACUGAAUGAGAUUGAGAAUACCUUAAACGCUGCCAAAAAUCAGAUGAGGGACAACGAUUUGGACCGGAAAGUCUCUGAUUUAGAGAAGGCAGCUGAAAAGCAAGCCAGUGCCAUCAGUGAAUACAACAGGGACAUUAACACCAUUUUGAAAGACAUUAACAAUCUAGAGGACAUCAAGAAGACGUUGCCAAGCGGCUGUUUCAACACCCCAUCCAUUGAAAAACCCUAAGGGUGUGCCAAAGGCAGGGGAGCGUUCCCUCAAUGACUGGUGAAGCAGUUCUUUUGGCUGUGGAGUGCCUUAAUUCCUAGGUUAUCUUCUUCAGGACCCCUACUUCAUCUUCCUCACAGCUAUGAGUUCUUUCUUUCCCAGUUCAAGGGGGAAAGAAACUUCUGAAUGAAAAGCAAAUUAAGUAUCCAGCCUUUUGGGCAUCAGAAGGUUUUAAAGACAUAAAAUGUAUACACUUUCUUGUUCAAACACUCCACUUCCCCCCUGUAUCUCAGAAAACACUCCCCUUUGAUUUACAUAAUGAUGUGAAAUGUUAUGGGCUGUUGUGCUGAAGGGCAGAAAUGGCCAUGGGAACUGAUAUAUAGUGGGGGCAAGCACAGGCUUUUUUUCAUUCUCCUCUCUCUCUCUCUGUCCCCUCACUCCAAAUUCUCUGUUCUUUUUAUUUCUAUGAAGGAAAAGGUUUGGCUACCAAAGUAUUAAAUUGUAACGGGCAGUAUACCCACACUAUGUAAGAAACACUGAUGGCCUUCACAAUCAGACUUCAAAACAACAAGAAAAAGUCAAUCUUACUAAUAAAUUAGUGGCCAAUUAAACCACCACUUUGGUAGCCAGCUGCCAAUUUUUAAGAAACUUUCUAGAGUGCAAUAUGUAUAUGUAUAUCUUGGUUCUGAGAGACAGCUUCUCAGAAACAUUUUGGGGAAUAAUGAGGAAGUAGUGAUGUGUUAGGUCUCCAUGGUGCUAUACCUUGGCCUGUAAAUAGCAGGCAUGCCUUCAACCUCUUGAGAAAAAAUGCAGAAAUUUUAAAUUCAUCAAGCCAGAAGAAUCUGCUUGUGGUCAGAAUUGUUCCUGUCACCAGGCAUCUCCAAGAGAUAUCUUCCAGGGACAGCUGAAUUAAUAUGAACAGAUUCACUCCUCUUACAAAAAAUGAAUUAGACUUUAUUUUUUUUUAUUUUUUGAAAGAAAAAUUCACAAUCCAGAGAGUGCUUUACUUGCUAGACUUGCCUGUGAAAUUUGAAGUCAUCAUAAUCAUCUCUAGUAGAAAAUAAACAACUCAAAAUGUCUGCACAGUCCCCUUUCUGCAAGCUGAAUCAUUUGCCAUGGUAGUUUUACCUUUUGUCUGAAAGGGGAGAAAUCACAAAACAUAGUUGGAUCCAUUUUUCUAGCAAAAAUAAUUGGUCAGGCCUAAUUCUAGGGACAAAUGAAGAGUUUGCAGUAUUUACCAACUGAGCUGGUUGCUGCUUAAUAUGAAUUUCUGCCCCACUCAGAAUGACCCCUCUCCCACUUUGGUUAAGCUUCUUUGUGGGGAGAAGAUAUAUCUCCUUUCAUGCUGUCCUACCCAUUUUAAUUCUGAACUCGAGGAAAAUAUCUGCCUCCGCAAUUUCCUCAUGAGAUAGGUCUGAUGCUUCCACACCCCCUGCCUUUGAUAUCCAUCUAUACCCACCCUUAAACACUAUGCAACUUUGUACGUUUGCGUAGAGGGGAAGAAAUUUAUUAUCUGACACACACACUGGUGCUAUUAAUUAUUUCAAAUUUAUAUUUUUGUGUGAAUGUGGGUUUUUGUGUCUUUUUUAAAAAUCAUAAUUAUAGUGAGGAAAAGUCUGUUUUUCUCUGGUCUUCUUCCAACCUUCCCCCCCAUGUAAAUAUGCUUGGCCUUGUUUCUAGAGUGGCACUGUUCCCUUUUUGCUUCCUCUUAACCACCACACUGCAUACAUCCUAUCCUCCUUCAAUUUAUUAUUCCUUUGGCAGUGAGAGGUGGGAGUGUCAGGUAUUUUCUCUGCCCAGCCUCACCUCUGCACUCCCAUAUUGGUAGUUAAUACCAUUCUAUUACUCUGCAUAGUCAGCUGGGGGGCAAAUUCCCCAUCUCCUCUUCUAAAGCAAGCACUGAUGCCCAAAGGAUUCAGAGGGGUGUAGCUCAUGAUGCCUUAGGCCUUUUCAGGCAAUACCUUGCCCUCUGAGAUUCUGCCUGGGCUGAAAAUGGGGAGCAGGCCCUAAACUAGUGUGUCUCAUCUGCCCCCUCCUGCUUCCUUCACUGUGAGCAGAAAUUGGAGAGCCAGAACAUCAUGUAUUCAGAUAAAUGUGGCAUUCCCUCUUUAGUGGACUUCCACCUGCUGAGGGGUACAGGAAGGAGCCCCACAGACCAGAGACCUACUCACAUUCUCAUGAUGGAGGCAAAGCAUCACCCAAACUGGCCCUUUGUUUGUGUUUUGCAGAAUGGUUAUAGGUUUCUUGCUGGGUUUGAAGAGGAACUUGACAUUGAUGUGGUUCUCACUCAGGUGGUUUAACCUGUGUGUGUGCUUGUAUCAUUUUUCUGUACUUUUUUUUAACCUCCACAUAGAAAGCUAGCAUGUUAGAGAAAAGACUAGACUUUUAUCACAGAAAUUGCUAGUUUUCUACAUGGAGGGAAAUGAAGGAACAUUCAGUCAUGGGGCCCUCUGCUGUAGUGGUGCCAGCCAGCCAGCCACAUACUUUUUGCCUCAAUAAGAACUAGACCAUUACAGUAGAUUCAGUAGCAGAUCUCUGGACUCAAAACUGGCCUUCCUACCUGCACUAUUCUGUGGAAGAACAGAAACUCAGUUUUAGCCUUGGUUUUUGAAGUGCCUCCACGGCCAGAGAGAGGUUCUGGCCUGAUCUUCAUUUUAUCCAAGUGACCUCUUGACAGUUUACAUGAAAUGGGCUUGCUUGUAUACAUACCAACAAACCCUAAUGGAAAUGCCUUUUUGUUGUGGCAUGUCACACUUGACUUCAGUAUUUUGUCAGAUGGCUGCUUUCUAACAGUAUCUCUCCUCUGUGCCAAAAAGAAAAAAGGAUGACAGCAAGGCACUCAGUUGUGUGCUUCUGGCCCUUUCCCUUGCCUUUCUAGAAUUUCCCCCUUUUUUCUUAAACUGGUUUUAACAGAUUCUUAAAAAAUAAAUAAAAAGACCUUUAUAAGAAUCCUUUUAAUUACAAAUAUUGCCUUAACAGCCAUUAUUGCAUCUGUAUAGGUCCAUGUUAUUUCUUUGCAUAACAAAAUGAUGCAACAGCUGUUCACUGAAGCAUGCAGGAGGUGCCUGUUCAAGAGUUCCCCUCAUUUUAUUUUUAUCCUUAACUGUGAGCACCUCCAUAUGUGCCUUCACUCCAGUUUUAGCCUUAAAUCUGUGGCCAUCUGGGGGCAGUGAACAGAAACAACAAAAAUGCAACACUUGGCAGUUUUAUGUAUAAAACAGUAUUUCUUAUUUAUAAUAAAAUCUGAAUAUUUGUAACCCCUCA